GACAGCUGCGCGCGACGGCCGCGACAUGUGAGGUGCGAGCCGCAGGCAUGUCGCCGUACCGGGAGUCGCGCUGCGCCGCCUGCUGGGACUACCUCGUGCCCUUCACCAGGUUCUGGGGCGCCUUCACCGCCGUCGUGGUGUUUGGUGUUGGGGUUGAUGUGGCCUUCCACCAUCAUGUCAUGGGAAUAUACGUCACAAUCGGUGCGGUGAUCGUGUUCUUCCUGGAGAUCACGUGGGCCAUCACACUCUUCCUGCAGGUGUGCCUCAGGAACGAGUACAGCCCCGUGUUCCGAUGCUGGGACUGCGUGCUGUGGCUGGACCGCUGGAAGAAGAGCCUGCUGUACUCCGUCUUCGCCGCCCUGCUCCUGCUCAAGCCUCACAGGCUGUGGCUCUCGUCCGUUGCAGGGGCGAUGCUGGUGCUCUUGGCGCUGCUGUACCUGGUGCUGUCGUGCCGGGUGCGCUCCACCACCAAGGAGACGCUGCUGCACAACCGCGAGGAGAGCUUCGACAGGUUUGACGACGCGGCCGACAUGAUGGACGACAGUGUGCCCGGCCCGCUGGGCGAGUCCCUGUCGGACAGCCUGGUGGAGCAGGACGUGAUGCUGGAGAUGUGACCCCCGCUGCUGCAGGACAGCGGGCACUGGAGCGAGCCGCCGGACACCUUCAGCAGCAGCAGCAGCAGCGCGGGCAGCGCCUGCGUCUGGAAGUGACGUCACAGUGUGUCCGCUGCGAGGCCUUCCUGGAGGAGGUCGUUCUGACUUGCUGUGAGGUGGUUGCGAGUGAGCUGGUCGAAGCAGACGCUAACCUGGAUUUCCUAAGGGUGUCACUGCUGCUGUAUCGUGAACCGAACAUUGGAAUCUACGGUUUUAUGGGUCUGGCUCUGACAUCUGUGUACAUGUACUUUCUUUUACACUAACGUCCGUUAUUUCGGAGACCGAGAAACUAAAUUAUAGGACUCCUUUUUUUGUCA